AUGCCGCUGGAACCACUUCUGUGGGAGGGAAAUCAACAAUCAGCAAUUGAAGUGGAAGAGUUACAAGGACAGAGAAUUGAACAAGAUCGUUUGGAAGAGGUACAAGAACGAACUGAACAAGGUCAUUUGGAAGAAUUACAAGAAGAGGCUCCCAGAAGAACAACUAUUCCUGGACACCAGUCAGUGUUGAUGUCGAUUUUAGAUCACAUGUCGUUUUCCUAUGAAAUCUUGCAGUGCUUUUACUUUCUCUAUCAAGGUAAAGCUUUUGUCUGGGAGCAGAAAACUCUGAUAGUUCAAAGCGAUCUAUUUGUUCUACCAAAGAAUCUCAGAUACAAGCACAUGCAGUCACAAGUUCAGUUGAAGGUUAAAGGCUGGACCCUUGGAGAUCAUAAGACUCAGAAAAUUGGAAACAGAGCCUUUCUUAACAAUGAAUGUGCCGUCAUCAAGAUACCAAAUAGACAAUUGAAUGUCACUCGUGUUUCCGAAGUCAAAUUUCCCCGUGAACUGGAAGCUUUGAAUUUUCCAGUAUUUUCUGGACGACAGAAAGAACUGAACGAAAUAGAAACAAAGUUGUGGGGAGAGAAAGAGAAACGUUCAAUCAUGAGACGAAUAUUGUUUGUGUCAGGUAAGGGGGGAGUAGGAAAGACACAUCUCAUAGCAAAAUACGCUCAACAAUGCAGAAGUUCUUACAAAGGUGGAGUAUAUCUCUUUAACGCACAAUCCAUUCUGUCUUUCCAUCAAUCGCUCAAGAUUAACAUUGCUAUGACUUACGAGAGAUCAGCAGAAUGGGAUUUACUAUCGGAGUACAACAUUUUCCUGCGGCAGCUAGAACAAACCGGAAAUGUGUUAGUCGUGUACGACAGCUGCGACAAAUUGGAAGUUAUCGAAACACUCUUACCGACACAAGCUAAACAUAUUCAUGUCAUCGUGACGACGAGAACACGUGGCGGUCACGUUCUUCUCGAUGCCAAUCGUGACAGAGUCGUUCACGUCGACGUACUAGAACCGAAUGAUGCCGUCGAAGCUCUCAUGAAAUGGAAAGGAAACGGGGAAAGCGUUUAUGACGUCGACGACGAUCUCAAAGAGAAGUCCGGUGCUGAAGUUCUAGUUAAUCUUCCACAGAUUGGUCGCCUGCCAUUGGCUAUUCGUCACGCUGGACUAUAUCUAAGGGAGAAGAAGAUUAGUUGUGACGAAUUCGGAGAAUUGCUUGAUAACAGAAAAGAAAAACUGAGAACGAUAGGAAACGAUGUGAAGGAAAUUGUAAAAUAUUGUGGCUUGCAACAUGUUGCCAACGCACUCGAAGAGGAAGGGAUGGCGAAUGUGAGAGACUUUGUGCAAAUUGACUUAUCCCGACUGCAAACGUCAUUUCGCAUAAGACCACGUGAACUAGAACAGCUCGGAAGAAUGAAAGAGAAACUGAAGACAGCGACGGUUAUGACGUGGGACAUGCAGAUUGAAGAGAUAAUGAAGAAUUCAGACGCAACGAUCAGCGCAAUACUUGAAAUAGCUUCUCUGAUAGACGGGAAAAUGAUUAGUAAACGUUUGCUGUUGAAGAUCGCUUUUAGUGAAGAUGACAAUGACUUAGAUAAUGAGAGAAAGAUGAAUGAGGCCAUUUCUCGUUUGUCAAACGUUUCUCUUUUAAACGAUGGCAUCGAGUUCAGCAUGCACGGUCUGGUGCAACAGAAUGUCGUGGAAGCAAUGAUGAGAGAAGGAACAUUCGCUCGUCGACUGCGUUUACUUUGCAAAUGUCUUGUGGACAUGCUGCCUCGUUCAUGGGACGGCGUUGUGAGAAGUUUGAAGGAGAAGAAAGCGUUGGAUCUGGUCGAUCACGUUUACGUGCUUUCUUCUCAUAUUUUUCAAUCGGAGCAACUGGACGAGGAAUGUUGGCGAUUAUUACAAGUAUCCUGCUUUAUAGCAGGUGCUUAUGGGCAUCUGAAGAAAGAGGAACAUUUGUGUGAAGGAAGACUUGCUUUAGUCAAACGUUUGGAUUCACAACAAAUGGACAAGAACAAGCUGUUAACUUCAUUGAUAGCAGUGGGUGAUGUUCGCAUGAAAUUGUCCAAUCCGCAGGAAGCCGAAAGUCCGCUGAAGGAAGCGUUGGAGAUGAGUAGAGAAUGUGGUGGUCAAAUAGAACCAAGAAUUCAUUGUACAGCUCUGACUUCCAUGGCUGCUUGCAACAAAGAUUUGCGUCAGUUUCAAACAAGUGAGCAGCUCUAUUUCGAAAUACUCAAAUUUGUGGAACAACAAGGAUUAGGACAAGAAUACGUCUCUGUCGUUCUGAACGAUCUGGCAGUGACAUACGAUAAGUUGGGCAAUAUAUCUGCGGCAAUAGAGAACUAUGAAAAGAGUUUGAGUUUGAUGAGAAAACAGUCAAAUGUCAAUCCGUUGAACCUCUCUACAAGUAUCACGAAUCUUGCAUCUCGUUAUGAGCAGAAUGGACAACUUGAGCGAGCUGUCUCUUCUUACGAAGAAGGGUUGACAAUCAUCAGAAAGGAAUUACCGCCUUCUCAUCCGUCUUUAGCUCGGGUAAUGAGUCGUCUGUCUUCUUGCUACCGUCAGCAAGACCGGAGGGAUCGUGCGAUGCCGUUGGCCAAUGAAGCCUUACAACGGGCAUCAUCAUCGUUGCCCAUCAAUCAUGCCGACUUGGGCGAGUAUUUGCAACAAGUUGCUUCAUGUCAUGACGAGUCACGAUUGUAUGAUGAAGCUAUUCGAUUGUAUGAAAGAGCUGCAGAUGUUUUCAGUCAUCAUCUGCCCGCACGAGCAACAUCUUUGUCUGAUGUGAAACAUAACCUCUCCCUCGUCUAUAAUGAUAUUGGACAGAAAGACAAAGCGGUGGAACUCAUGACAGAAAGUCUUAACAUCAAGAGACAAACUUUACCAGAGAAACAUCCGGAUAUUGCUAAAUCUCUCUUGACGCUUGGCGCCAUUCUUCGUUUCAAUGGAUAUUUCGAUGAGGCCGUUGUGCAUAUUGAGUCAGGUCUGUCUAUUCUACAAGAAAAAUUACCGACUAGUCCGUUCAUAGCCGAUGGUCUGUAUAGUCUUGCAUUCAUUGAAACGACACGAAACCAAUUGGUAGAGGCUCAUGGACACGUCACUGGAUGUUUACGUAUACGCCAACAGAUUUACUCAAAGAAACGCAGAAAGAUAGUUGAAGCGCAAACUUUGCUGCGCGAAAUCGACAAGAAGAAACAAUGCUCUGGUUUCACCCAUGGGUCACAAUCAACAAGAAAACGAUCGAGAAAUAGCUUUAGUCAUUUGAUUGUGUCAUCUUGCAUGCUCACUGUUAAACCUAAGCCUUAUAUUCGAUAG